AUGAAUGAAAAUUUGGCAGUAGUGGACGAUGUGAGAGUAAGGUCAUGUCCUCGGGUGGGGUCCAGGGGUGGGAAGGGGGGUAAGAAAGCCUCUAGGCUGAGAAUUGGGUCUUGGAACAUUGGGACGUUGACGGGGAAGUAUAUAGAGUUAGGUAAGAUUCUACAGAAAAGGAAGAUCAACAUAGCGUGUGUUCAGGAGACUAGAUGGAAGGGUACUAGGGCACGAGAUGUAGACGGGUUUAAACUUUGGUACUCAGGGAGCGCUGGGGGUAAGAAUGGGGUAGGCAUUUUAGUAGACAGGGACCUCAGGGAGCUCGUGGUUGAGGUUAGGAGGGUAGAUGAUAGGUUGAUGAGUAUUAGGUUGGUAGUUGGUGGGUUUACUGUAAACGUGAUUAGUGCUUACGCUCCUCAGGUAAGGUUGGACCAGGAGGUCAAGAAGAAAUUUUGGGAGGAUUUGGACGAGAUGGUGCGUAGUAUCCCGCACACAGAGAAUCUGUUCAUUGGCGGAGAUUUCAAUGGCCAUAUUGGGGAUAGUGCUAGGGGUUAUGAUGAUGUGCAUGGCGGGUACGAUUUUGGGGUUAGGAAUGAGGGAUGUAAUUCGCUGUUGGAUUUUGCUAGAGCUUUUGAUUUGGUUAUAGCUAACUCGAGUUUUCUGAAGAGGGAAGAGCACUUGGUCACUUUCCGGAAUUCAAUGGGCAAGGCUCAAAUUGAUUUUCUUCUCUGCAGGAAAUGUGAUAAAGGUCUGUGCAUUGACUGCAAGGUCAUCCCAAGUGAGCAUCUCACGACUCUACAUAGGCUCCUAGUUAUGGACCUGGAGAUUAAGAGGAGUAGGAGGAAGAGGGCGGGGUGCAGGAAACCUAAGAUCAAGUGGGUUAACUUGACCAAGGACAAAGCUCAAGAGUUAGGGAAGAAGUUGUUGGCUAUGAGGGCCUGGAUGAGUAGGGGGACGCAUCUAGUAUGUGGUUCAUGA